UCGCGUCGCGUUCAGAACAGACGGUCUGUAAACGGAGAGGGAAUAUUUUGCCUUUUUACAGCCCCAAAGAGAGACCGUGACGUAGAGAAUCCAAAAACUUGCGGAAAGUGUGUGGAAAAAACAGGCUGCCGUCUGUGUAGCGCGCUCAUCUCCUGUGGAAAUGCGAGGAUACAGUAAAACUCUUCAAGUUCGCUUCCAUGAAGCGCUUUCUUUCCUUUAUAUGCUGCUUUAUGUCAGUAAUUUCGCUCUUGCUGCUGCGGAAGUGUCGGACAAAACUCAACUUCUCAAUGUGUACAGUAAAGGUGUUUUCCGGUUGGAGAGUGUAUCACAGAAGCGUUGUCUCUCAGCGGACUCCUCGGGCCUAUCUGUAUCCAGCUGUGACCCCUCGUCUCCCGCACUGCUUUGGAAAUGGGUGUCCCGGCACCGACUAUACAAUCUGGGCACCAGUCGAUGCCUAGGGAUCAACACGACCAAGCAGCAUGACGUUGGCAUAUUUGAGUGCGAUGUUUCCCUCCCAAGCAUGUGGUGGCGCUGUGGGGGUGGCAUGUUGUAUGGAGCAAUGAAUAAUAAGCUAGUGGCAGUGGACUCAAAAGUGGUGGUGAGGAGAGGCGCUCUGCAUCAGUGGAGGAUUUAUGGGGCGGCUGGUGAAGGGCCAUGUGCUUACCCAUAUGAAGACAUCCACACACUUCAAGGAAACUCUCAUGGCAUGACCUGCUCCAUACCCUUCAAUUACAACAAUAAAUGGUUCUGGGACUGUACCUCAGAGGGCAGAGAGGACCGUCACCUCUGGUGUGCCACCACCAACCGCUAUGAUCAAGAUGAAAAAUGGGGUUUCUGUCCCAACCCAGUGUCAGGCUGCAAUGAAUUCUGGGAGAGCCAUCCAGAGCUGAAUGCCUGUUACCAGUUUAAUUUAUACUCCAUCCUCACCUGGAGUCAAGCUCUUACCUCCUGUCAAGCACAAGGUGGAAGUCUUCUGUCCAUAACACAGUCCAGUGAACAGAACUAUAUCAAAGGAAGACUCUCAGAUAUGGGUGUGAUGGUCUGGAUUGGAUUAAACCAUCUCAGUCAGUACGGGGGAUGGCAGUGGUCUGAUGGAUCUCCUUUGGGUCUAGUCGGUUAUACUGCAGAUCUGAGCUCCACACCAGUGCAGCAGAACCAGCAGUGUGGACUGUUUAACUCCACUCUGGGAUCCUGGCAGAGUCUGUCCUGUGAGUCAGCCCUGCCUUACAUCUGCAAGAAAACCACCAACUACAGCCGGAAUGCUGAGCCACUUGAUAACUGGCAAUAUAAGGAGACGAUUUGUCCUGACGGUUGGCUGGACCAUAAUGGUUUCUGUUUCCUGUACCUGAAGGAGAAGUCGAGCUGGGACAACUCUUCCAGUGCAUGCAGGGCUCUUGAGGCAGAGCUUGUCAGCAUCCACUCCCUGUCUCAACAGGAACUACUGCUCAAUCUGCUCUCCCUUGAACCCAACUCUAAGGUAUGGAUCGGUUUGCACAAAGAGGCCACACUUCAAACAGUCCAAUGGUCGGACAAAUCUCCAGUCACGUUCACAUCCUGGAACUCUCAGGAACCUUCACGUCGAUAUGACGACAAGCGCAUCUGUGUUAUCGCGGAUCCGAAGCAAGGCAGAUGGCAGUUCGAGGAGUGUGAAGAGCAAAAUGCAGCGAUUUGUAAAGCAUCAGGUCUUGUUCCUCAGCGUCCUGCAGGAGAAUGGGAUGAAGGAUGUCCAGAGGGCUGGAGAAGGAAGGACAACUGGUGUUAUAAGAUCACAGAUCAGGAGCAGACAUUUCAGGAUGCUGUGAAAGGAUAUUAUUGCAAAUCACCUCUUGUCACUAUAGAAAGCAGGUUUGAGCAGGCCUUUCUAAACAGCCUGAUCAAUGAAAUGGGAGGCUCUGACUCUCAAUACUACUGGACAGCUUUACAAGACCUGAAUAGAACAGAAGAGUAUCGCUGGCUGACUCAGAAUGGCUCAACAUCACCCCUCACCUACACCAACUGGAACCGACACCAGCCAGUGAGUUUAGGUGCGUGUGUGGUGAUGUCUGGCAGUCGAGCUCUGGGUCACUGGGAGGUAAAAAACUGUCACACUUUUAAGGCUCUGGCUGUUUGCAAACAGGAAGUGAGUGGAGAUCAUGACACUCUGAAGCCUGCACCACACAUAGAUAUGAAUGCAGCCUGUCCAACUGGAUGGGAGAGCCGCAGUGGCCUGUCUCACUGUUACAAGGUGUAUCACAGUGAAAAGAUCCUGAUGCAGCGCACUUGGACCGAGGCUGAGUUCUUCUGCCGAGCUUUGGGUGCUGAUCUGGCCAGUUUCCAUCACUAUGAAGAUCAAGCUUUCGUCAAAAACAUCCUCUCUGUGAUGUUCCAAAGUACAGAGGGUCGCUGGUUUUGGGUCGGCUUUACUAAGAGAAACCCUUCUUCUGAUGGAGCCUGGGAGUGGUCAGAUGGCACACCGGUGGUGACAUCGUUCAUUGAGGAUAUGAAUGAAGCAGACUCUCACAUGUGUGCUGUGUACAGUGACCUCACAAACACUCUCAUUCCUCACUCCUGUGAUUCCAAAUAUGAAUGGAUUUGCAAAGUGCCUCGAGGUGUGGAGUUGGUUAAGCCAUACUGGUACAGCGACCAACAUGCACCAUGGGUGUUUUUCCGUGGAGCUGAAUAUUACUUUGCCAGUAAGCAGUUUCCCUGGCAGUCUGUUUCUUUCGCCUGCAAGAUGAUGGGCGCUGAUCUGCUCUCUGUCCACUCUAGUGAAGAACUGGACUUUAUCAAAGGACGCAUUACUAAGGACUCUGAAUAUUGGUGGAUUGGUUUGUCUGCUAACAGUGGCCACAACGGCCUCAGUUGGACUGAUGGAUCUGCUUUGGAUUAUGAGAACUGGGAAAACAGUCGAUUUUCCAGAAAGCCUGGUCAAAACUGCAUCCAAAUGUCAGCUCAGUCUGGUCAGUGGUCAGCAGGAAGCUGUAAAGAUCCUCGUGGUUAUGUGUGCAAACGCAGAACGGUGUCUGUGGUGGAGGAUCCACAUGAGCCUUACUAUAUUGGCAGCUGCCCAGAGAACUGGCUUUACUAUGGACACAAGUGUCUGUAUGUCUAUCUCCCGGACCGUCCAGAAAAGGGGAAAAGCUGGCAGGAGGCUCAGUCUGUGUGCUCGUCCAAUCAGGGCUCUCUGGUGUCCAUCGAUGAUGAGAUCGAACAAGCCUACAUCGUCAUGAUGCUUCGUGGCUCGUCAGCGGGGGUUUGGAUUGGUGCACGAGGACGUUUUUCUAACAAAUGGAGCAACGGGAAGCUGAUCGUCUACAAUAACUGGGAGAGGAUUAAUUAUAGAUCUCCUGAAGUACCUCAUUGCACUUUCCUGUCCAACAGCCACAACUUCCGUUUGACAGGGAUUUGGCAAGAUGACGUCUGUACAGAAAAGAUAUAUGGCUUUGUCUGCCAGAAAUCACAAGACACCACCAAGCGUCCCACUCACUCCUAUCACACCGCAUCCUCUCUGGACACAUCUGAGUUUAAGAACCACACUUAUCUGGUCGCCCAUGGCAACAUGAGCUGGUACGAGGCCCAGGAAAGGUGUUUGGUGAAGGGGGCAAAACUCGUGAGCAUCACAGACCCGUUUCAGCAGGCUUAUCUGACCUUUCUGAUCAACAGACUGGAUGCCCCACAUUGGAUCGGCUUAUACAGCACAGACGAUGGUAUAUCCCACCAGUGGUCUGACGGCAGUGAGGGAUGGUUCACUCAUUGGGAAGAGUCAAAUUAUUACCUUGAAGGGCCGGUGGGAGAUGGAGGCUGCGUGUCUAUGGAUGCCAAUGGACGCUGGAAAGAGAAUGAAUGUGACAUGCGGCUAUCAGGAGCGAUAUGCUACAUACCUCCACCCAAGAGCAUUGCUUUCUCCUAUGAAGUGGUGUGUCCUGACACAUGGGUGAAGUUUCGCGGGAGCUGCUAUUAUUUUAAGACAGUGAUAUCAAAGAAGACACAGGAGGAAGCCAGAAAUCACUGUAAAGCGAAUGGAAAUUCUUCAGAGCUUCUGACCAUUCAGGAUGAUGAGGAAAGCCGCUUCUUCCUUAAAGAGAUGUGGCAUUAUUACCAGGGGCCUCAGAAUUUGUGGCUGGGAGUCUUGUACAAUGCAGAAAAUGGUGCUUUGGCUCGUCUGGACGGCUCUCAGCUGCAGUACACGAACUGGCGCUCCAGAGUUCCAGAUGAGCAGGAGAUGAGAGAACAGCCGUGUGUGUCUAUGCAGGUAUCAGAUGCAGUUUGGCAGUUAGCAGACUGCACCGAACGACUGGGCUUCAUCUGUAAAACCUCAACAGGUACCAUUAAAGAGGUUGAAGUGGAGCCACUAAAAGGUCUCCACCAGGGCGUCACCUCAGUGGCGGCAUUGGUGGCCAUUUUACUGUUCGCAGUGGUAAUCGGAUCACUGUGGCUGCUUUACAAGAGAAACUCUCUGUGCUUCCGGAGGCUUCCAACGUUUGGUAGCGCCUAUUACAGACAGACAAACUCCCAAGCCAGUGACCAAGAUGAAAACGUUUUACUGCCUGACCUAGAGACCCAAGCAGGGGACUAACAUGUUUGCGUGAGUGUAUAGAUGCAUGUUUCUGUGUGUGUUGUGUCAGAGUGUGUGUGUGUUGGUUUAGUCCGGGAGAUUGCAGAGGGAAUGUGAUGGAGUCAAAUUGUGUGUUUGUAUGUGUGCUGUUGUUUCGGAAUGAUAUUGUCCACAUGGAGAUCUUCUGAAUCCUAGACAGCAUUUAAAGGGAUAGUUCACCCAAAUAAUGAGCAUUUCUUUCUUCUGUUGAACACAAAGGAAGAUAUUUCGAAGAAUGUUGGGGGAAAAAACAGCUAUUGCCCUUAAUAGAGGAAAAAAAGUGCUUUCAUUCUUUCAUUUAUUCAUUCAUUUUCCUUCAGCUUAGUCCCUUAUUUAUCAGAGAUCGCCACAGUGGAAUGAACCACCAACUGAUCCUGCAUAUGUUUUAUGCAGUGGAUGCCCUUUCAGCUGCAACCCAUUACUGGGAAACACCCAUACAUUCUCUCUCACUCACACACACACACACACACACACACACACACUUUGGCCACUUUGGCCAAUUUAGUUUAUCCAGUUUACCUAUAGCACAUGUCUUUGGACUGUGAGGGAAACCGGAGCACCCGGAGGAAACCCAUGCCAUCAUGGGGAGAAAAUGCACACUCCACACAGAAAUGCCAACUGACCCAGUCGGGACUCAAACCAGAAACCUUCUUCUUGGGAAGUGACAGUGCUAACCACUGAGCCACCGUGCUGCCACUUGGACUCCAUUGUUCUACUGGGGGACUUCAAUGUCCACGUGAGUAAUGACAGUGAUACCUGGAGAAGCAUGAUUGGGAGGAACGACCUCCCUGAUCUGAAUCCGAGUGGUGUUUUGUUAUUAAACUUCUUUGCUAAUCACAGUUUGUCCAUAACAAACACCAUGUUCAAGCAUAAGGGUGUCCAUCAGUGCAGAUGGCACCAGGACAUCCUAGGACGGAGGUUAAUGAUCGACUUUGUGGUUGUAUCAUCUGAUCCCAGACCUCAUGUUUUGGACACUCGGGUAAAGAGGAGGGGCAGAGCUGUCAACUGAUCACCACCUGGUGGUGAGUUGGAUCCGCUGGCAAGAGGGAAAGCUGGACAGACCUGGCGGCCUAAGCGUAUUGUGAGGGUCUUCUGGGAACGUCUGGCUGAACCCUAAGUCAGAGGGACUUUCAACUCUCACCUCUUUGACCAGAUCCCAAAGGGAGGAUGGAGACAUGGAGACUGAGUUGUCCAUGUUCUCCGACUCCAUUGUUAAUUCGGCCGUGAGGAGCUGUGGCCGUAAGGUCUGUGGUGCCUGUCGGGGUGGAAAUCCACGAUUCUGGUGGUGGACAUCGGAAGUAAGGGAUGGCGUCAAGCUGAAGAAGGAGUCCUACAGGGUUUGGUUGGCUUGCAGGACUCCCGAGGGCCUGGGAAGAGUUCGAGGAGACCAUGGAGGAAGACUAUCGGUCGGCCCCAAAGAGAUUCUGGCAAACUGUCCUGCCCCUCAGGAGGGGAAAGCACCUCCACAUUGACACUGUUCACAGCGGAAGUGGGGAGCUGUUGACCUCGACUGGGGAUGUGGAAGGAAUACUUUGAGGAUCUCCUUGACCCCACUGACAUGCCUUUCAUUGAGGAUGGGGAUGUAGGGGUGGACUCACCCAUCACCCAAGCUGAGGUCACUGAGGUUGUUUGCAAGCUCCACAGUGGCAAAGCAGCGGGGGUGGAUAAGAUUCACCCUGUGUAUCUUAGGUCUCUGUAUGUUGUGGGGCUGUCUUGGCUGACACGUCUCUACAACAUUGCAUGGAGGUCGAGGACAGUACCUCUGGACUGGGCAACUGGGCUGGUGGUUCCCAUUUUUUGAGAAAGGGAACCAGAGGGUGUGCACCAACUAUAGGGGGAUCACACUCCUCAGCCUCCCGGGGAAAGUCUAUGCCAGGGUACUGAAGAGGAGGAUCCGGCCGAUGGUUAUACCUAGGAUCCAGGAGGAACAAUGCGGUUUUCGUCCGGCCCGUGGUACACUGGACAAGCUCUAUACUGUCAUCAGGGUGCUCAAGGAUUCAUGGGAGUAUGCCCAACCAGUCCACAUGUGUUUUGGCAAAAGGCAUUCGACCGUGUGCCCCAUGGCAUUCUGUGGCGGGUGCUCGGGGAGUAUGGGGCAAUAAGUCAGGCUUGUUUCCAGUGCAUGUUGGACUAUAGCAGGGCUGCCCCUUGUCACCAAAUCUUUUGAUCAUUUUUAUGGACAUAACUUCAAGACGCAGCCUUGGGCUGGAGGGGGUCCGGUUCAGGGACCACAGGAUUUUAUCUCUGUUAUUCGCAGACGAUUUUGUUCUGUUGGCUUCAUCAAACAUGGACCUUCAGCAUGCACUGGGGCAGUUUGCUGCCGAGUGUGACGCAGCGGGGAUGAGAAUCAGCACCUCCAAUCGGAGGCCUUAGUGCUCCACCGGAAAAAUGUGGUUUGCCAUCUCCAGGUUGGAGGAAAGUCCUUACCCCAGAAGGAGGAGUUUAAGUAUCUCUGGGUUUUGUUCAUGAGUGAGGGAAAGAUGGAACGUGAGAUUGACAGGCGGAUUGGUGCAGCGACAGCAGUAAUGCGGUUGAUGUACCGGUCUGUUGUGGUAAAGAAGGAGCUGAGCCGAAAGGCAAAGCUUUUGAUUUACCAGUCAAUCUACGUUCCUACUCUCACCUAUGGUCAUGAGCUUUGGGUCAUGACCAAAAGGGCAAGAUCUUGGAUACAAGCGGCCGAAAUGAGUUUCCUUUGAAGGGUGGCAGGGCGCACUCUUAUGGAUAGGGACUACCUAGGGAGGUGUUCCAGGCAUGUGCCACCGGGAGGUGGCCUUGGAGAAGACCCAGGACACGCUGGAGGGACUUUGUCUCUCGGCUGGCCUGGGAACGCCUCGGGAUCCCCCCGGAGGAGCUAGAGGAAGUGUCUGGGGAAAGGGAAGUCUGGGGUUCUUUCCUAAGACUCCUAAGUGGAGAAGAAGUAAACAAUGACAUAAUUUUAAUUUGUGGGUGAACUAUCUCUUUAAGCACUUUAUAAAAGGGAUAUUCUUUAUGAAGUGAGAAAUGUUUUUUUCUCUCUUGUCUUCUAUUCAGGACAAUCACAGCAUUCCUCUAGAAUGUAAAAGUUAUAAUGAGCCAGACGGCUUGUGGGUGGAAUGUGGUUUGGUAUUUUUAAGGUGUUCACUCAUGAAUGAAAAUGAUUUGUUUAUUUACUCACACUCUACUUGUCUGAGAUAGAGGUGAUGUUUUUUAAUGCUUAUGCCUCAAUGUAUCAUCAGGAGCUACAAGUAUUCAUUUUGUUUUGUCUGUAUGAGUUUGUGGGGUUUUUUUUACUUCCAUUUUUAAGCAUCACCAAGGAAUACCAUUUAAGCUAAAAGCAUUUUUAUGUUUUUUUUGAAAGAAAACGCAGCAGGCACUCAACGUCAUAAGACAGGGGUGUCCAACCUCGGUCCUGGAGGGCCAAUGUCCUGCAAAGUUUAGUUCCAACCCCAAUCAGACACACCUGAGCUAGCUAACCAAGCUCUAACUAGGCCUUCUAGAAACAUCCUUGCAGGUGAGUUGAGGCAAGUUGGAGCUAAAAUCUGCAGGACACCGGCCCUCCAGGAGCGGGUUUGGACACCCCUGUCAUAAAACAUCAAUAUUAGGUUAGAUUUAGGUUGUGACGUCAGGUGACCAAAAUUCAAUGUUUAGCCAAUGUCUAAGUGCAACAUUAUUUUGACAUUAUUUUGAUUUUUGGGUAAACUAUCUCUUUAAAUGUCCUGAGGGGGAGUAAAUUAACAGCAACAAACUCAUUUUUGGGUGAUCUGUCUCUUUAAGGCUAGUUCGCACAAACACAAAUGUUUAGAACAACACAAAUUGGAUUGUUGCAUGCAGUUAUUUUUAGGUCCUACCAGCAGUGUUAACCUACCUAUACAAUGCCCUUGCAAUAAUUACAGUAUUUUAAGCCAAACUAAAGAAUAGGGGAUUUUAUUAUUGUAACUUUUAAGAUAUACAGCAAAAAAAGCACAAAUAACUGUUGAUUAAAAUUCUAAAUUCAGAAUGGACUUGGUGUGGUCCAGGCUCACUUUUAUUUGAGCAAAAGCAUGUGUUAAUACAACACAAGUUGACUACAGUUCUGUACAGAAACAAAAACAAUAAUAAUAAUAAUCUCUUUCAAAGUAAAUUGUGGAGGUGGACGUAAAUAGACUUGAAUAAACUCAUGCGCAGGCAAUAGAGAUGCCAGUAUACAAAUAUUUAUGAUGCUGUAGCUAAAAAUACAGAACUAUGUUACAAACAUUUGUUAGCAUGUUAAACAUUUGUUAACACGUUAAACACUCAUGUUAAUGACUAUUGUGGCAAGUGAAGGUUUGAGAGACCUCCUUCAGAAUCAGUGAAUAUGUGAAUAAUUUACACAAAAUAAGAUAGACCAUACAAAAUGCAUGUUUUUUAUUUAGUACUCUUCUGUGUAAGUGUUGGUUUUUAAUACUGUUUGUGGUUACCUGGAUGAUCUAUGACCUUUGAGAUGUUUGUUCAUGAAUCAGUUCAGAAAUAUCUUCAGUUUUCCAGCAUCUUUUGCAUAUUUGAAUCUUUUCCAGCAGUGACUAUAUGGUUUUAAAAUCUAUAUUUUCACACUAAGGACAACUAUUUUAAAAGGUUCAACUUUUUUAGAAGGAAACUAAAUGUGUUUAGAACCUGGGGGGUGAAAACAUUUAAAAAGGAUGAAGAUGUCCACAUUUUUCUAAUUAUGUUAAAAUAUUUUUUUCUCUAUUUAGUACUGCACUUACUAAAUAACCAAAUAUACUUGCAUGUUUCCUGAAAGUACAAUUUACUCUGAUCUUUAAAAUGAAUACAUUUUCAUAAACGUUUUUUUAAAUGUAUAAUACUAAAUAAAUUAGAACAGUACUAAAUUAAAAAAAUAACAUGAAUUUGUAUGAUCUCGCUUAUUUUGUUCAAAUUAUUCUCAUUUUCACCAAUUUUUCAAGGGCUUUCACUUGCUACUGUUAAUUGGCCCUUUUAUACUGGUAAAAUCAGACCUUUUACAUUAUAAAAGACUCACAGUUUUGUGUAAAUUACGUUGUUAGAGUGGCUGACUGUAGUAUUCAUUACCUAGUAACCAAAAGUUAACAAUGCAAGCAUAAUGGAGUCAGAUGGGUUUAAUGUUCGUCAAAUUGAGUUUGAGUUUAUGCAUCAAAUUUUCCUUAUUCCUAUUAACAAGCCCAAAUCCACCUCAAGCAAGCAUUAUUUUUUUGCAAAUUAAAGGAUUUUUAUUCAAAACUUGACAUUUCCAUCACUAGUUGCUCAUGCAAACCAGGGCUAAUAAAACUCUGUAAACCUAAUUCUUUUUCCCACACAGUUCAUUGACCUCUCAGCCUUGUCCACCGCUUAGAAUAAACAAUCUAAAAGCUUUAGAAUAAUCAGAAAAUUAAACUAAACAUGCUUAUUUUUAAGGAUGUUUGUUCUUUCAUGAGGAGCUCCAGAUGAUCCAUGCAAUCAGCCACAUUGCUGAUCACAAAUUAUACGAAUAUCCACAAACUUUAAUGUGUUAGUGCAUCCCAAAUGAUACAUUUUGUGACAGUUAGUCUUUUGCGUUUAAAAUAUAAUCAAAAUUCUUAGUUUACCAUACAGUCUGAAAUUACUUGUAUGAUGAAGAUUUCACCAUACAUUUUUGGGUGUUAUAUGGAGUCGUAUUGUUUACAUUACAUUUUUAUAUCACAAUAUCUCUUUAUGAUCUCUUAAUGUUCGUUACACUCCUGGGUUUGUAUUCACAAAAUUUCUCCUCCUAAAGUCCUCCUAAAUAGCAGUAAAAGUUUUAAGCUAAGAUUUUUCACUUAAAACCUGUUCAUAAAGAUGCUGAGACAUAUUUUUACCAAGGAAUAGAGAGAAGUCUAAAGCUGAGAGUGAGGGCGGGGUUGACCGCAAUGUUAUGGAUGAUGUCAGCAUGAUUAAUAACUAUGCACACAGCGAUUGGCUGAUGGGGAGAGGUGGAGUCUCUGUCAGAGAUUCAAUUUAAUGUUCAAAAUAAAGGUUUGCAAAUACAAACAUUGCCACAUUUAAAUAAAGAUUUUAAAGUGCAGCCUCAGGGAAGAAUUGCAUUCUUAAAAGUAUGUUUCUUACUGUUAAUGUUUUAGACAUUAAAGAUUUUCUUGGAAAGUAAUUAAGCAAAUAUUUUAAAUGGUGUUAAAUAUUCUUUCAAUACGUUUUUAAAAAUACAUAAAAUACAUGUUUUUGUAGCUUUUCGUGCUACAUUUAGGCUUAAUUUAGGAGUUUUAAUUUUAGGAUUGAUGCACCCAUUUUGUUUUUGUUUUUUUUUAGUUUUUUUUCUCCUACAAGUUUGUAGUCUUCAGCUGUAAGAUGUUUUGUGAAAAUGACCCCUGACAGACUGACUGUAGUUUCACUCUCUAACAGUAGGUGGUGCUUAUAGGAGAGCAGAAAUCCUGCAAGAUGCAAUGCAACUUUUCCUGUAUGGCUUCUAAUAUUGUCAUGGAGAAGAAAGUGAGCUCCACAAAGUUGUAGUUUUACAUAACACCAGCAGCUUCAAACAUGUGACUAUAAGAACAACUCUGAGUGGUUGGCAGUUUUUUCUAUUUUAUUUUUGAACGUUGGCAUCAAACAUUUGUCGUUUUGUGAACUGGCCUUCAAAGUUAACAUGAACGUACAUGUAACCCUGUUUAAUUCUUAAUAGUGCAAUAAUCAUAUUUUGAAAAGUUGACUAAAAUUAUUUUGCUGGUUGUUUAAACUACUUAUUUAAAAUUUGCUGAAAUAACGCAAUUCUUGAGAUUUAUUUGGGACGACUUAAUUGUUUUAUGUUCAAUCCACUGAAAUUUGUUAUCUUAAUCGAUUUGUGUUGGGACAACAUAAAUGAAUGAAGUGGAAUUCUGCAUUCACUGCAGUAUUUGUAAUGUAAAAAAAAAAAAACGUAAAUUGCUCCACCUCCAAAACUAUUUUCCUUUUAGAUGACAUCUUCAAGGCCAGGUGUAUAUUAACCAAUCAUUGCUUGUGGAGGAUAUAAUUAAAACGGACACUUUUAAUAAUGAGUAACACAUUGAAAUGCACUAGAAAAUGACAUUUGCUGUUUGUUCAAACUACUUAUUUCAAAUGAGCUGAAACAACAUAAUUUUUUUAGAUUUUUUGGGGGGAUCAACUUAAUAGUUUUAUGUUCAGUCCACUUAUAUUUGUAAAAACUAAUUUAAUUCCUUCAUGUUAUCCCAACACAAAAUCAAUUCUGUGGAACUCAGCAUUUUUUACAGUGUGCAUCACAUUACAAAGCAAGAAAGCAGAUUAAUUUCAUGUUGACUUUUAAAUGUUCCUCUUCUGCAACUAUGCAACAAUGCAACUUUGUGUGAUCCUCCUAUCCAGCACUAACUGCUCUUUUGAAGUCUUUUAAUAGUUCAUCUGCAGCAGGAAGCUUGUUCUCAAGCAGUUUGGUUUAGUUAAAGCAAUAAACUACAAUCAAACAGAGUUCUCGAAUUCAAAAUAAGCCACCGCACACCAAAGCCAAGCAGAACAGCAUGGCCAGGAAAGAACGUUUACCUUGCACAGUCGGUGCCUUUAUCAGUAUUACAACCUUAUUAUUAGUACUGUUUUCACUCCUUUGAUACCUGAAACUGCUUUGAUCUGAAGUGUGUUACAUAUUUGUUCUUUUUAGGCACCUUAUUUUUUUGUGCAGUUCACAAAUGUGAAUGAAGAACAUUGUUUUUUUUAACCAUCCAGUGUUUCUCUGAGCUCUUCAGAAAAAGCACAUAUACAAAAGCUGUACAUUUGAGUUUCAGAAAAUACCUUCUGUGCUUCCUAAUAAGCCAUGAAAUAGAACUAUCUUCAAUAUUUUCAUUUACUUUUUCUGGUAUUAUGUGUGUACUAUAUGGCAAGACAAUCGUGACUUCACUGUUUUAAUCAUGGACACAGAUGUUAUAUACAGUAUGUUGUAAAUUUGAUAAGCACGUGUAUGCUAAUAUACAGUAGUUUGUCUCUUUUCUGUACUUUUACAUUGCUGUAAUCUUAUUGUGUGUGAUUGUGUUUAAAGGGUUUGCAUGGUGUUAUUGUGUGUUACAGUUUACAUUUGGCAGUGCACAUUUCUGGAGUUCUCACAUGUUAAUCUUCAUGAUUAAAA